AACACUGAUCACAACAGCGCUGUUAGCCUAGCCCGCUGGUUGUAGCCACGAUAGCUGCGGCCAUUUUCAGCUCUUUGUGCGCGACCGUCUUACUGCUUGGGAGCGCAUUUAAAAAAACAAAUAAGAUUUGGUUUGAGAAUAAUUGGGUUUUUAAAAGAAAGAAAAUGCAAGGAAACAGGGGUCCUCCUCCGCAGAACCACGGGCCCCGACAGCCGGGGCCCGCGGAGCAGCAAAAGAAGCCCGGAGGAGGAAUGAACACAAACGGUCAGCAUCCAGAGCACAACGUGAAGCCAGAGCCGAACGAGGCCCUGACCCUGGAUCUGCAAAACUUCCGAAAACCCGGAGAAAAGGCCUACACCCAACGUAGCAGGCUGUUCGUGGGGAACCUCCCGACGGGAGUGUCCGAGCCAGAAGUGGAGAAGCUGUUCUCCAAGUACGGCAAGCCCUCCGAGAUCUUCAUCAACAAAGACCGGGGCUUCGGGUUCAUCCGGCUUGAGUCGCGGAUCAUCGCCGAGAUCGCCCGAGCCGAGCUCGACGAUACCCCGUUCAGAGGCAGGCAGAUCCGGGUUCGCUUCGCGACCCACGGCGCCGCGUUGACCGUGAAGAAUCUGCCCGAUUUCGUGUCAAACGAGUUGCUGGAGGAGGCCUUCGCCGUGUUCGGCCAGAUCGAGAGAGCCAUAGUGAUCGUGGAUGACAGGGGACGGCCCACGGGGAAAGGCAUCGUGGAGUACACCUCCAAGCCAGCCGCCAGGAAGGCGUUGGAUAAGUGCGGCGAGGGUGCCUUCCUGCUGACCGCCUUCCCCAGACCCGUGACGGUGGAGCCCAUGGAUCAGUUCGACGACGACGAGGGCUUGUCAGAGAAGCUGGUGAACAAGAACCAGCAGUACCACAAAGAGCGAGAGCAGCCGCCGCGGUUCGCCCAGCCAGGGACCUUCGAGUACGAGUACGCCAUGCGCUGGAAGGCCCUGAUGGAGAUGGAGAAGCAGCAGUACGACAUGGUGGACCGUAACAUCAAGGAGGCCCACGAGAAGCUGGAGCAGGAGAUGGAGGCUGCCCGACACGAGCACCAGGUGAUCCUCAUGAGGCAGGACCUGCUCCGCCGCCAGGAGGAGCUCAGGAGGAUGGAGGAACUCCACAGUCAGGAGAUGCAGAAGCGAAAGCAGGCCGAGAUCCGACAGGAGGAGGACAGGCGUCGGCGAGAGGAGGAGGUGAGGAUGCGCGGGGAGGAGAUGAUGAAGAGGCAGCAGGAGGGAUUCAGGGGAAACUUCCCCGAAGGCAGGGAGCAAGAGAUGAGGAUGCAUAUGGCUGGCGGCCACGGGAUGCCAAUGAAUAGGAACUUGAUGGGUGGCAACGCAGGUCCUGCCGGUAACCCACCCAUGUCUGCUGAGAACACCUCCUUGAUGGGCCCCGGCCCCGGCAGCAACAACAACAACAACAUGCCCGGUGGCGGAGGCCAGCAGGGCGGCUUCCCGAGGGGCCUCCCCGGUCCAGGUGAAUAUGGACCCAAUAAGCAACGCAGAUUUUAAAGUCCUUUUUUUUUUUUUUCCUCUCCCGGUUGUUUAUUUUACGUUCAUAUAACAGUGCUAUUGAACUUUGAUAAAUGAUGCAUGGGCUUCUUUUCUCCUAUAUUUUUUUCUUUUUGUACUACAAGACAUUGAUUAGUAUAGUUACAAUUUUUUCAAAGUGUUUUACUUUCUUUCUGAAGUUGGUGUACUUUUCAUUGGAACAGUAAAUGAUUUUGUCACUUUUCAGCUUUCCUUGAAUAAAUUCAUGAUGUCUCAAA